AUGGAUAUUCAGAAUCCCGGUGACCUACUCAAAGAAGCUACAGACCUAGCAAAAGAUCUGGGCCCCGAACAGGCCUACCAGCUGCUGACCGCCUACAUGGACAAGCCUGAUUUUCGGAUAGCCCCUGUGUACGCCUUCGCUGCUAACCUAUGUGACAGUCUUGCCAAAGUAUUUGCAGUAAUUGACAAAGAACAAUAUGAGCAUUACAUAACAAAAGGAUAUCGCUACUCAAAGGCUGGUAUGUUAUUGGACGACACACAUCCAGGCUGUGCCAAAGUAAACAUUCGCUGA